UUCUUCGUUUCAUGUUUCCAAUAUUUGGUGCAAAGUAAUCGCUUGCAACAAUGUAUUCUUUUUGGUGAAUGCAAGAAAAAUUCUCGAGAAACUACUAAAGUGUACAAAGCUAGAUUUCCGCAAGGAAAACAACCUUCUGAAUCAACGAUUUCCACUACUGUAAAUGGAGUAACAUGUUAAUAAAGAUAUUAUUCACAAUACGAUGGAAAAAAAAUUGUGUUCCUAUUUGUUUAAUCCAAAGAGACCUUGAUUUAGCUAUGAAAACAAACAGUUUUCGAAAUUUUUUUUAUUAACACCUACUGUACACCCUGUACCGUUCAACUUUUGUUCUAAACUUUUUUUUUGUCAGAUUGCUAUAAGUGGGUGAAAAAUCGUGCGUCGCGUUAUACGCAACACCCUGUAUACAUGAAGUCUACCAUUGUGUAUCAUCUAUAGCUUAAUGAGGGGCCGUUAUAUUUACGUGUAUCAGCUGUGGAAUGACAGGUGAGAUAAAAAAUGGCUGAAAAUGGGUUGGGAUCGGAUGCUGGAUCUCAAGAAUACCUCGCAAGCGAGGUUAUUAAUUUAGAUAUCGAAGAGUUGGAUAACACAGAAUAUGCUAUACCAGCUGUUGAAGAAUUACCUUCUUUGGAAAGUAUAUUAACAGAACCUGACUGUACAUCAUUAUCUGGGACAGAUGAUGACUUUGGUUUAACAUCAGGUGAAAAAUUAGGAAGCAGUGAAACAACAAGUGUUGGAAGUCAUUUAUCCUUAAACUCUUUAAACAAAUCAAAUAAAGCUUCACAACCAACAUCUUCUGGUGCUAUUUUGAGGCAUGUUAUAUUAAAAGGAAUAUCAUCACAAAUUGUAUCAGCUAGUGAAAAGGUCAAUGCUGGUUUAGCAAGUGCAGUUGCUGCUGGAGGAAAUAUGUUAGUUGUUGGAACUAGUCAUGGUCUGGUAUUAGGUUUUGAUUCUUCACAGACAUUAAGAUGGUGCGAUCAGGAAGCAAGACACCAAGGAUCUGUAUCUGCAUUAUGUUUUAAUUAUGAUGGAAGCAGAAUAUUAGCUGGAUUUGCUAGAGGACAUAUAUUAAUGUUAGAUAGCUCUAAUGGAAAAGUAUUAAGGACACUUACUGAUGUUCAUCCUCUUGAUACAGCUGUAUUACAUGUAAAAUUCACAGAUUCACCAAAGGUAGCAUUAUGUAGUGACAGUGGUGGAUCCGUUUUUGAACUAAAUUUUACAAGAGUUAUGGGUGUGAGAGGCUGUGAUAGCAGGUGUUUAUUUAGUGGAUCUAGAGGUGAAGUGUGUACAUUAGAACCUUUGUUAUUGAAUCAUCUGCCGUCACACGCUCUAAAAAAUUAUACUUUAGUGGCAAUGGCAACAUUAUCAAAGGUAAUAGUAGUUUGCAUAAGACCACGAAUGCGUGUUGUAUUAACUCAUCCUUUAUCUGGUGCACCUAUAGCACCACCACAAUUAUCUUGGCAGCUUGUUGUCAUACAAGCAGCAGAUGCUUCUCGUGUAAUUGAUCCUGUUUUGGCUCUUGCAAGAGACGAUGUGGUUCAUUUUUAUCAAGUAUGUACUGAAGCUGGUUCAAGAGUAAAAUUAUCUCCUUUGAGAAGAAUGACUCUCCCAUAUACAAUAAGUAACUUACGAUGGCUAAAUCCAAGAUCAUUAGCAGUAUUAGAUACUCAAGAAAGAUUACAUUUAUUAGAUGUAAGAGCACAGGAUAAUUUGGAAACUUUAGAUAUGAGUCGCGUUGGUAUUUCCUAUGCAUCUAGCCAUUUUAAAGGUCUGUCCACUGGUGGAAAUGUUUCGAAGGCAAUGGCGUUAGCUGGUGAAAGAGCAUGUUACAAUACUGUGGUAACGUUUGGUACUCAACUUUUGUUACUAGGUACCAAAAGCUUACAUGUUGUUUGUAUACGGACAUGGACAGAGCGAUUGCGACACUUGACAAUGCAGAGAAGAUAUCCAGAAGCAUUAGCUUUAGGACUUUCUUUUUAUCAAGAUAAAGGAAAAGCAGUUGUUGGUCUUCGUGGUUCCAAACAACGUCGUAAACAAAUAGCUCGCGAUAAAGUAUGUCAAGUUUUGAUUCAAUAUAUGGAAGAAUUGAAUCAUUGUGUUGCAGACGAAAAUGCAGAAUUUGAGAUAGUCACAACUUGUGUAGAUUAUUGUAUACAACUAGAAAAUACAGAUUUAUUAUUUGGCAAAUUAUGGGAUUUAGUUUCGGAGUCUGAGGGAUUAAAAGCGAGUUAUUUACAUGCCCUUGAAAGUCCUUUGUUGGACGGAAGUUUACGACCGCGAUUACCACCAUUAAUUGCUCAACAGUUAGUUACUCUUUAUGACCAAGAAGACAAAGUAGAUUCGCUUCAAGCAAUUAUAGUGUUAUUAGAUGUUGAUUGUUUAGAUAUUCAUCAAGUAACGACACUUUGUCGGCAACGAGGUCUCUGGGAAGCUUUAAUACAUCUUCAAACCACGGCAUUAGGUGACUUUACUGCUUCAAUUCAUCAAUUAGUACCGAUAUUGCAAAGUAUGUUAACGAAUUCGAAGGAUUCACUAACUCGAGAUAGUAUACAACUUGGCAAUGCACUUUUGGUCUAUGCUAGUUGCUGUCUUGCCGGUCGUGGUUUUCCCAGAGAUGAACUUCCAGAGGGUAUGUCUCAAAGAGCAAAAACAGAUGUAUUAAGAGCAUUGCUUUCACAGCAUUCGAGUUUGGCUAAUGAUACGGAAAGGCAAUAUCCAUAUCUAAGAACUUUGCUACAGUUUGACGCGAAAGGGUUUCUCGACGUGAUAGCAAUUGCCUUCCAGGAGCCAGAAUUCACGUCUGAGAUGGGUCUUAGACAACGGCAAAGGCUUAUAGAUAUAUUAUUAAAUAUCGUUAUGCCCAGCACGCCAUUAAGCCCGAGAAAUCCUGAUUAUAUUACUGACGAACAAAGAAAUUUAGUUCUUAUAUUUAUAGCUAACGAAGUUGCAGAAAAUAUUGUUAAUUUAGAACCUAGUAUGUUAAAUAAAAUGAUAGAAAUAUUAUGUACUGACUCAAAUAUGGGAUCAUCACACGAGCUUAAGACUGAUAAAGAAAAUGCGAUACUGGGAUUACUGCGCUCAAAAAAAUUACGCAAUAUAUCAGAUAAUACUUUACUUAAUUUGGCAGAAAGAGCUAAUUUUAUGCGUGUUGCGGAAUUGCUAUACAGCGCCAGAGAAGAUUGGAUCGCUGUUUGUAAAUGCAUGAUACUGCAUCCAUCUAGACAUCAUGAUAUUUGGGUCUGGUUAAAACAUCUUUCUCCAAAUUCGUUGCAAUUAGUCGUAAUGGCAAAUGCUGAAGCUCUAGUAGGCAUCAAUGCAAAUCAAUUUGCUAUACUGAUAGCAACACAUUUACAAACUAAAGUUUCUGAAAUUUUACAAAUACUAGAAAAUACUCCAACCUUACAGUAUACUUUACUAGAAGCUUUAUAUCAAAUAGUACAAUAUAAAGAAGAAGAUAUCACGUUAGAACUUACGACUGAAAUGUUAGAAAAAUAUUUGGAAUUAAUGUGUGAAUUACAACCAGACCAUGUUGUUGAACAUAUUCAAGGAUUUCAUGGUUGUAGACUGAAUCAAGCAUUGCAAAUAGUUCAAAAGGCGAAUCACAGAGAUGCUGAAGCAGUAAUGUUAGAAAAGUUGGGAAAUUAUCAAGAUGCCUUUGAUAUUCUUUUGAAAGAAUUUCAAAAUAAUUUGGAACUGUAUUGUCGGAACAAAGUAUCAGAAAAUGCAUCUAUUCACAGUGCAAUACAAUUAGCAGGAAUAUGCAGACGAUCUGCGGGAAAUUUAGAUUGGAUGCCACUCGUGGAAACUAUACUUCAAACACAUUCAAAUAGUAAUGAUGAAAAAGUUGAAAAAUUAAGUGGAAAAUUAUUGAGGAUUGCGUUAGAAUUUCUUAGUGGAACAACGGCACUGUCGACCGUAUUAGAGCAAAUAUUAAAACAUCCACUGGCAACAAGUGGAACUAUAGGUGAUAUAAGACAAUUGUUAUCUGGAGUACUUACACAUUCCCGAUACGAACAAACUUUAGUUGAAACUACUGCUCGUUUGGUCAGCUUGGAGCUUCAUAAGGCACUGAAAAAAUCACUUAGGGACGCGGGGAGAGCUUGUGCAAGUGUAUCGGUGAUUUGCCCAAUAUGUAGACAUUUGUUAUCACAAUGCACAGAAUAUAUAGUAGUUUUUAGUUGUGGGCAUAGUUUUCAUUCAGAAUGUUUAGGAGAACCUAAAUCUUGUUAUAAAUGUUUAAAGUCUAAGGGGUGGGCACCUAUUGUUACUAAUAUCACACAUACUACUAAAUCAUUCCAUGAACAUAAACAAAUUCUACCACCGGAAUUUAUGCGUAAUAAAGAUCUUUCUUUAAGACUUGCACCACCUACUUCCUUACCGGAUCUUGAGGGUAUUUUUUAAUCUAGUCUUUGAAUAUCAAAAUUUGUUAUCACACUCACCAUCAGUGUAUAACAGUCUAUGAGUAAAAAAUGACUUUUGUGUGUUAUACAUGUACAUUAUAUUGGAUCUCUUAUUCUUCAUUCCAUGAACAUUAUAUUGUUCUAUUAUUAUAUUUCAUAUGAAAAAUUGAAUUAUAAUUGGUUUUAUCAAAGCUUCCUUUUACAUAUACAAAAAUAUGAAGCCAUUCAUAUUUUUCAUUAUUUCUUGAACUCCGGUAUUUAAAUCAUCUGCUUGGCAGAAUUCAAAUAUUGUAUGUAUGUUUGUAUAUUGUAAAUUAAUAUAGCUAUAUUGUGUAUAGUAUUGAUAAGGACUUGUAUACUUUUAUUGAUGUAAAUUCCAUUUGCCCAAUGUGCAGCACGUUGCCAAAUAUCACUCAUUAAGUAAAUAAAGAUAAUGAUUAAAUAAAUUCA